AUGAGCAGCGGAGUGUGUCGGAGAGUCCUGCAGACAGCCGGCUGCGGUCCUGCAGCCUCCUCAGCCAGCUGGAGCCGGAUCAUGUCCCCCUGCUGCAGCAGACUGGCAGCCGGGCCGAGGGCUGAGCCCCGCAGAGGGCUGUCUGUGCUGGGCAGAGGCACCAUGAACGUGUUCAACAGGGAGAUGAAGAGGAGGCAGAAGAACUGGGCUGCAUCACUGCAGGACGGACAUCAGUUUGACUACCUGAGGGACGAGGUUGGCAGUCGAGUGGCAGAUCGGGUUUAUGACAUUGCAAGGACGUUUCCUCUGGCUCUGGACAUCGGUGGAGGAAAAAGUCACAUUGCAGAGCAUUUAAGCAAGGAUGUUGUGGAGCGAUUGUUCCUGACAGACAUCUCAGAAGAAACUCUGAAACAGAGGAGACAGAGUGAGAUCCCGACUCAUCACGUUCUCGCUGACGAGGAGUUUCUGCCGUUUAAAGAAAACACCUUCGACCUGGUGAUGAGCAGCUUGAGCCUGCACUGGAUAAACGACCUGCCUGGAGCUCUAAAACAGAUCCACCAGGUGCUGAAGCCUGACGGGGUGUUCAUCGGGGCGAUGGUGGGCGGGGACACUCUUUACGAGCUGCGGUGCUCCCUGCAGCUCGCCGAGACCGAGAGAGAAGGAGGAUUCUCCCCCCACGUCUCCCCCUACACCGCCGUCACCGACCUGGGCAACCUGCUGGGCCAGGCCGGCUUCAACAUGCUCACUGUGGACGUUGAUGAUGUUCAGGUUCACUAUCCAGGAAUCAUUGAAGUCAUGACCGACCUUCAAGGUAUGGGUGAGAGUAACUGUGCGUGGAACAGGAGGUCGCUGCUGCACAGAGACACCAUAUUAGCAACAGCAGCUAUUUAUAAAGAGAUGUACGGUAACCAGGACGGGUCCAUCCCUGCCACCUUUGAGAUCCUCUACAUGAUUGGCUGGAAGCCUCACGAGUCUCAGGCCAAACCAGCGAAGCGAGGCUCAGCCACCGUGUCUUUUGGGGAUUUGUCAAAGAUCAGCCAGCCGACCAACACAAACAAGCCAUAGGAACAUCAGCUGACCUUCUGCAGAUUGUAAAUAAUAUAUUUUAUUUAACAGCUUCGUUAAAAGUAAGAAAUGUUGUAAUACUGUUGUCGGAAAUAAAGCUGAGCAAUGAAAACAG